AUGACUACACCUCUGUCCUUGAAACGGCGGCGUGUUGCACGUGCUUGCGACAGUUGCCGGAACCUGAAAUCCAAGUGUGAUGGAAACCAUCCUACCUGUGGGCGGUGCGCUGGCUAUGGAUACGCGUGCCGCUGGAACAAAGGCAGUUCCCGAAAGAGCUUCUCUCGCAGCAAUCAUGCUAACCUCAGUUGGUUCUCCAUCGAUAACGAGAGCCAGAAAUUAAGAGAUGCAAUUGCAGUCUACAACGACUUGAUUCGAGACCUCCGCAAGAACCUUUCGAAUAAUGAUUGCAAAAUUGUCGACUUGCGCCUCGCAUCUAUCCAGCUUCCCGACCAUGUGGCGAGGCCGAUGGUGGAACACUUAUCGCCAGAACAGACGGUGGUCGAGGAUAGCCGCUCGACUCCUGUCCAGCGUUACUUGGGCGAGGCGAGCGAUAUUCGGUUUUUCCAUGCCAUGGAAUCUGCCUUUUGCCAGCGUUCUCCGUCUGACUGCCAAGAAGGUGUUCCUGAGAUGCGUGUAGACAGUUACGAACAAGAAGGAACGCGUCAGGUCUCGGAGCAGAACCAAGGUUGCCUGCCACACAGGACGGAUGCGGAUAAUUUUGUCGAGAUCUACUUUUCGACGAUACACAUUGCUUACCCCUUCAUCUCGGAACCGGAUUUCAGGAAAACCUAUGAAUCUUUCUGGCAAGCGGAUUCGUUGGAGGAGUUCCGCGGCCCAUGGCUAUCUCUGCUAUUGUCCAUAUUUGCGAUUGGUUCCUGCUAUGAGAGAAUCGCCCAGUCCGAGGACGACGAAGCUUCCAAUCCAGCAGCUUCUCAUCAACAUCAACGUUAUUUCGAUGAUGCGAUUGCUCUUACACAAAAAUAUACCUCGAGGCAUACCGUGGACCAUGUUUGCGCUCUGCUCGCGCAGUGUUUCUAUCUCCUGGCCACUUGCCAAACCGACCGAUGUUGGACGACGCUGGGGCUGGCAGUCCGCAUCGCUCAGAGUAUCGGUCUUCACGUCGAAGAGCAUCAUCGCGCAGGCCGAGAAAUGGGUCGGGCCCCUCAAGAAAUGUGUCGUCGAGUCUGGUAUUCCAUAUUUGUGCUUGAUCGCCUUUUGGCAUUGCAAUUGGGACGUCCGCCAGCCACCAACGACGAAGGCUUCAUGGUUAGACUUCCGUCUCAACAGUCUGAGGCCGAUCUGGCGGACCCAAACGGUCAGCAUGACAUCCACCAAAACGGCUGGAUGGGAGACUACUUUGUCGCAAUGAUAAAGUUCUCUGAAAUGAUUGGAAGAGUUUUCAAUAGUCUUUACGGACCAAGGAAAGCCGAGGAUGCCGCUGUGACCCUCUCGAGCAUCGAGCUCCUGGAUAUUGAAUUGUUGCAAUGGCGAUCCAACCUGCCAAGACACCUGAGAUUCGAUCUCUCACACACCUUCGAAAGCUCGGUAAUCUAUAAAAGACAGCGCAAUAUGCUUGCUGUCAAAUUCUACAACCUCCAAGCAUUGAUCCACCGACCUCUACUGUCACCUGCGAAGUUGCUGGAGUCAUGCCCCGAUCCCAUGGCAUUCUAUCAAGCAGAACGCAGUCGUUUCUCCAUGUCGAAACGGAAGUGUGUCGUGGCUGCGCAACAUACUGCGAAGCUACUCCAUAAUCUCGAGGACAAGAAAGGCCUUGUUUAUGGCUUCCCUUGGUGGCAGAUGAUCUCAUGUCUCAUCUGCGCGAGUUCAAUCCUUCUGGUCGCAAGCAUAUGCGUGGACCUGGACUUGGACGAAGAAGUCUUCAAGGACAUUGACUGGACAGCUGUGAACGAAGAUGCCGAGGUUUGCCUCAGGGUAUUCCAGGCUCUUAGCUCUAACUCAAACGCAGCAAGGUUGGCCAGCGACAUGAUGCAAAGGCUCAAGAAAACCAGAACGAUCUCCCAAGGGAAACCAAUCGACCGUCUCGCAAUCGGAUCUAUGCUUGCAGUUGAGAACGAACCCAACAGCAUGACAAACACCCUGCCAUCCAGCGACCCCUUCCAGGCUCCUACGAUGCCCUCACAGUUGGACGCCUUUGAACCAAGUCAAGAGUCGUUCAAUCUCAUGUUUCAGACCAUGCCUUACGAGGUCUCGGAGCCAGUCAUGUGGUCUGCGCAAUUCGUGAAUGCAGCAUACAAUCCCUUCCUGAACAGCCCGGAUACCUGA